GGGUUCUGUCUCUCAGUGGCUGAGCCUAGGGCUAGUGAUAGUCUAUUCACACUCGAUUUCUAGCUUUGAAAUCAUUUUAGUAAUACUAAUGGGGGGUUUUGAAUGAUUUUUUUUUUCGUUUUUAAAUUAUCCAAAAUGGCAAAAUAGGCAGCUACUUGUUUCUGCAUACGUCCCAUCUUUCCCUUUUGAGGGACCCUCCCAUCUCUCUCUUUCUUUUUCUCGUCUUUAUUCGUUAAUUCCUGCAAAGCCUCCACCCAACAAACAAAUGAAUCCUCUAACCCUUCCUUGAGGUCUCCUUCCUCCACCACCCCAAGCCCGCCUUUCUUCUCUUUGUUUUCCAAUUUCAUUUUGUAGUUCUUUUUUUUUUUUUUAAGCUUAGUUGCGAUGCUGGAUCUUAACUUGAGUGUUACUUCGGUUGGUGAUGUUUCGGUGGAGAUGGCUGGAGAGAAUCAUGACAUUUAUGGUUAUAAUAAUAAUAACCGAAUGGAAAGUUCUGGGAGCUUUGAUUCUUCCAUCGUUCACGCCGACACCACAACCACCACCGGCGACGAUGGCUCUUCUUCCAACGCCGCUGGCACUGACGCUUUCGCUUACUCCUUCGGCAUCCUCAAAGCCGCCCAAGACGAAGAACCAGAAAACAACAACACGACCAUCCCGCUUUUCCCCGUCAACGUCGAGGGAGAUGGGGGGAAGUCAACGGGAUUGUCACAGAAGGAAUGGCUGGAUCUCGGCGGGUCCCUGGAAGCGUCGGAGCACGGCGGUGGUGGCGCGGAGGAGAGGAUCGUAGCCCAGCAAGAACAGCAGGUUCAGUUAAGGCAACAAGUGAAGAAGAGUCGACGUGGGCCCCGCUCCAGAAGUUCUCAAUAUCGUGGUGUCACGUUUUAUCGUAGAACCGGACGAUGGGAAUCUCAUAUUUGGGAUUGUGGGAAACAAGUGUACUUGGGAGGAUUUGACACAGCUCAAGCUGCAGCAAGGGCAUAUGACCGAGCAGCAAUUAAGUUCCGAGGAGUUGAUGCGGAUAUUAAUUUUAAUGUUAGUGAUUAUGAAGAUGAUAUUAAGCAGAUGAGAAAUUUUACAAAGGAGGAAUUUGUGCAUAUCCUGCGUAGGCAGAGCACUGGCUUUUCAAGAGGUAGUUCCAAAUACAGGGGAGUUACAUUGCACAAAUGCGGCCGAUGGGAAGCUCGAAUGGGGCAAUUUCUUGGCAAGAAGUAUAUAUAUCUUGGGCUAUUCGAUAGCGAGAUAGAAGCAGCAAGGGCUUAUGACAAGGCUGCUCUAAAAUGUAAUGGAAGAGAAGCAGUCACCAACUUCGAGCCCAGCACAUAUGAGGGGGAGCUAAUCUCGGAAUCUGAAAAUGGAGACCAGAAUCAAGGUCUUGACCUGAACUUGGGCAUUGCACCGCCUUUUACAUCGGAUCCUCAAAGGGUGAAUGACAAUUCAAGAAACUUUGCUUUCCAGCAUGUCUGGGAUGGCCUGCCUCUUGAGAGGGGAGCAAGGAUUGAGAACUCUGCUCCAGCAAUAAUGAGGGUUCAACCUAGUCCUGGCCAGGCAAUGGCAUUCAAGCAUGUUCCAAACUGGAAUGGUUCAAAUCCCACUUCCUUUCCGCAUUAUAGGGAAAGAGCAACAGAGAAGAGGAUAGAAGUAGAUUCAUCAACAAACUGGGCAUGGCAAAUCCAAGGCCCUUAUGUUGGGGCAAAUCCAUUGCCACUCUUCCCUACUGCAGCAUCAUCAGGAUUCUCAUCUUCAACAAUUACUUCCCCAUCAGCUGCUGCUGGCCAACUGCGCCUUCCAAGCACAACAUUCCUCCACCAUUAUCCUCCAGUGAUCACGAACCCUAACAUCUCCCAUUUCUACUGCAGGAGCUGAAAGGUAGAAUAUGCCACCAUAUUAUAUUAGACAGGCAAUCAAUGAAAAAAUUUUGUUAUAAUUUGGUAGGCCCUGUAUACAUAGGGUAUUGAAAUGAUCAAUGUUUAUUUCAUGUAAAGAUCAUCAAACUAGUGUAUUAUGGUCUGGUCAUUAGCAAAAUUUGGUCAAUUUGAGCCAUAAUUCGGCCUAACGAAAAACUCUAGCCGCUACUCAAUCAAAGGAGUUCAUGAAAGAAAACACUACCAAAAAAUAAAA